AUGGCCUCUUUGCAGGAAAAGCCCCGGGAAGAGGGCAUCUGGCCCAUCUGCCAGGAGAGCCUGACGGAGGCUGUGAGCACAGACUGUGGCCGCCUGUUCUGCAGAGCGCGCCUGGCCCAGCGCGUGGAGAAGGCCUCGGCCUCUGGCGUCUUCGGCUGCCCCCUCUGCCGGAAGCCCUGCUCCGAGGGGGUCCUGGGGGAGGGCCACAUCUGCCACAGCCACCAGAAGGUGUCCUGGUUCUGUGAGGAGAGCAGGCUGCUUCUGUGUGUGGAGUGCCUGGUGUCCCCUGAACAUGAGUCUCACCGCGAGCUGGCCAUUGAAGACGCCAUCCGUCACUACAAGCCCUGCUCCGAGGGGGUCCUGGGGGAGGGCCACAUCUGCCACAGCCACCAGAAGGUGUCCUGGUUCUGUGAGGAGAGCAGGCUGCUUCUGUGUGUGGAGUGCCUGGUGUCCCCUGAACAUGAGUCUCACCGCGAGCUGGCCAUUGAAGACGCCAUCCGUCACUACAAGGACGCCAGUGAGUUGCUGACGGGUGCUUACCCCUGCGGGCCGCUGCCCGCUCCCCCCCGCGCCUUCCCACCACGCGACCCGGGAGGGCGCAGCGGGGGACGCGAGGUCUUCUUUGUUUCCAGGAGUGCGCCACAAGAGUUAGAGGCUCUCUACCCCAAGUUUCAGAAGAGAGUCGACAAGUGA